UAGACCUAACGUCCGGGGUUUGGAGGAGAACUUGGAACUGUAAUGGGUGUCCUGAAACAGCUAGGACAGCUGUUGUGGAAAAAUGUCAUCCUUCGUCGACGGGAACCGCAUGUUUUGCUGCUCGAGAUCCUCUGGCCUCUGUUAAUUUUUGGCAUCGUGGCUGUGGUGAGACAUGGAACGCCAGGAAAUAAAAGAACUACCUGUUCCUAUGCCGAUCGAGCUUUGCCCAGUUCGGGCAUGCUGCCAUUCAUACAGUCUACUGUGUGUAGUCUUCAGAAUCCAUGUGAGGCACAGGAGACCGUACAGCAACGCCAAACGUCAGCUGCCAGACUGACGUCCAUGGUUUCCGAUUUACAGCCAUAUAUAACAUCCGGAGCGUCGGUACAAGCGUUACAAACAUUAGACAGUAGUGUUAAAGUUAUACAAGGAAUAAGUUCACUUAUAAGUCCAUCCAACACUUCUGAUGAAAAUGCACUACCAGGCCUGCUGAAUUCUUUGGGCAAUGACACAUUCACAGUUAAAAAGCUGGUGAAAGAUAGUGCAGAAGUUAAACGUUUGUUGGUGGACGAGCUGAAAAUUAUGUCGGCAGAAGUAGCGGAUGCAUUUCUCAAUGCACAAGUCGACGUAUUAACAAUUUUCCAGUCCGUUGGAAAUAUAGAUCUACGUUAUAUUGUGUGUACGACAGAAGAACUGAAGAAAUACAUGAUUUUUGGUGAAAGUGUCAACGUUAGUGUAAUCUCGGACCAGCUGUGUGCUAUAGACGUAGACAAAAUACCGGCCAUUACAGACAUUGUACAGUCACAACUGGAUAUCGCUGCCAUCAUACGAGCAGCGAAAACGCUGACAGCAUUCACACAGACGUACGAAUUAGGAGAUGCCUUAGAAGACAUCGCUUCCAUGGUAGAUAUUUUGUCGGGAACCUCUUCCCUUGGAAGCUUAUUUUCCUCGGCGUCCAUGUUACAAGAGCUACCCUCUUUGCUGUCCAAACUUCCGGGAAUUCUAAAUCUUGUAACACAGGUGGAAUCGUUUGAAUCAUCAAGUAUUGACGAAUUGCUGGGAUUCUUAGACCCGAUUAUACGGAAUUUCGCUCCAAAUUUCACUGAAUGGCAGACAGUAAUGAGCUUGGUAGAUGAAGUGAAAUCCGCGGCAGAUACCAUUGGAUCAGGUGGGAAUUUUAACUUAACAGCGCUUCUGAGUGGUUUGGGGAAUCUAACCAGUAUAUCGAACACACUGAAUCUUGAUCCUGAAAUAACGUCAUUACUACAGAUGGCAGCCCAAUCGGGGGACAUCUCUUCUUCUAUACAGGCAUCAUUAGAAGGACAGCCCAUGGAUCUACGGUCAUUUGAGCAGUACCUUGAUACCGUGCAAAUUAUGAUGGAGGAGAUUGCUGGGAACGAUUCGACAAGUCAGAUGUUUUGUACGGUUGACAGUGUUUUAGACAUGCUCACCGUUAUGGUACAAUACGCCGAAGGUAUAAAACCAGAAUCGGACAUGACAUUUGGAAUAUUUGUAAUCAAUCUGAGUACCUUAGUGAGGAAUUUCCAGGCGAACAUGCUGGAUGUCCAUGGCAUCAUAAACGCUCUUGUCAACCCAAAAGUAAUAUCGGAGAUGCUUAGAGAUCCCUAUAAUUACUCGACGACGUGUCAGAUGGCUCUAGAUGAGACACUCUUCUACAUGGAUCCUCAACUAUUAGCACGUGCCAAGGAACUGAUGUGUGUGGCGAGCUUAUCUCCUUUGUUUGAGAGAUUGCAUGACGCCAUCAAUGUAUCAUCCGUCGAGAAAGGGAUGGCCGAUGCCUUUAUGAAGCUUGACAUGGGCUUAGGAGGAUACAACUGUACUGCGGGGGCACGCCUGACUAUGACGGAGCUUUACCCAGUCAUGGUGAAUCUAUCGACACGGUUUUCAGCUCUGGGGACCCCGACCUACAUAUGGGAACAGUACAGCGUGGAAUUGGACAUGCCUUUCAUGGCUGAUGACUGGGCGAGGAUCCAGAGUACUGUAGGAGAGGCGAUAGCAAACAACGUUUUGGUGCCUAUGGUUACCAUGAUGGGCCCUAUGAUGGAGAAAACACCCCUGUGGCCCGUGUUUGGACCAAUGUUCUAUAAUAUGUAUGCACAAAUGGACUCCGCGAUACAACAAAUGGAAUUCAUGGAAGAAAUGAUGGAUCCGUCCAGUGAUACAGGAAAGCUGAUGAAAUAUGUCAUUGAGUACAUGCCGGAAAUAAUGACCACCAUGAUGAAUCCGAAUUCUACUCUAAUGUUAACAGAAGCAAUGAGUUCCCCAGACCCAUUGAAGGUCAUGUGUGAGCAGCAAAUCCUACAGAAGAUGGGGAUGCCGGACAAGGUUCCCGUGGUGGAGAUGGAGACGGCCUUGUGUAAUAUCAACUGGACCGAGAUCUCUGUCGGCAUGGCGGCUUUGCUAGACUUCGAGUCCAUGAUCCAACAAGUCACUAUGUAUUUUGAACCAAAUUCUACAGUUGGAGUACCAGAACAAUUUGAUUGGGAUGGAAUGGCCUCCAACAUGGUCAAAAUGCAGAAAAUUAUUAAUGGAGAAAAUACUGCUAUGAAUGUGUUGAUGACAAUAAAUUUUACACGGAUUGAAGAAGCAAUGGCCAAUAUGAUGAUGUCCAGUUUGCCUGACAUGACUGGUAUGUUGGGAAUGGAUCCGUCAAGCAUGAACAUGACUUGGGAGGGAUUGAUAUCGGCUUUAACCGGCAUGGGAGACCUUAACAGUGGGUUGCAGCAAGCAGAUAUUGUAAACAUGUUACUGGGUAUGAUGUUAGAUGGGAACUCGACUGACAUGAUGAUGGAAGUCCAGACCAUGCAGGCAGUAUAUACCAACCAGAUGCACACAUCUCUUCAGUUCAUCAUAAAACAUCUCACCUACUUCAACAACACUGAUACCAUAGAUCUCCGGACAUAUCUCGGCUCAGCAGAACUCAACAAGAUAUUAGAUAAUAUGGUGGCUGGUCCCGACAUCAAUGGUGUUGUAUUGGAGACCGUGCAUGCUAUGAUGACAGACACAGAUUUGGUUGACCUCUUGAUGAACAACAUUGACCACCUAUGUACAAACCGUACCUUAUUUGAAGGGAUUUUCAAGGUACCCGCUGGUAACACUAUUGACCUCGGUCAGGUAUUUUCUUCUGUCUGUGGACUUGAUAUCAACAUCACCAAAAUGUUUGAGGAACUCAUACAGAAUGUUGAUGGACUGUCAGAUGUGGUUGCUAUGUACACUUCACCACCGGCAGGAUUAGUGUCGGUGAACUACACAACCAUUAUGGCUGACCAGGAUCUAGUUAGCAGUUUGAUGGAGAGCCUAUCCAUGCACUCGCCUACCAUCACCAUUGGUGGCAGUGAGAACUGGAUGAACCUAACUAUGUAUCUCGGGCAGUUAGAGGAUUUCGUGGGCAAACUAUCUACUGCCUUCACGAUGGAGAAUCUGGCAAAAUUACAAGAUCAAAGCCUUGAAUCAACGUUUUCUGGUCUGCAAUCCAUACCAGAGAUGGAAUCAAUGUUACAAAUGAUCAGUUUCUAUGUGAAAACGGCCAAGGAGAGACUCGCUCAGAGUAUAGGUAGGUUAAACGGCCAAGGAGAGACUUGCUCAGAGUAUAGGUAGGUUAAACGGCCAAGGAGAGACUCGCUCAGAGUAUAGGUCACUCAGAGUAUAGGUCACUCAGAGUAUAGGU